AUGGCGUAUCCUGCUUCUGAGUCCCAUAUCACUCACAGUCAAAGCCUGAUUGCCACUCUUCACUUUGCGCAGCAGGCCCCUCUAAUCUUGAACCAGAAAACCCAUCUGGGCGAGAACCCCUUAUUUUCUCUCAUUUCCAAGAAGGAAGCAUUCGAUGAAUAUGGCACAAUCGAGCAACUGUUCUUUUCUUGCCUGCAAUCUGGCGAUGAUAAAUCAGCUCUGUUGUGCCUUGAUCAGCUAACACUACGUUUCGGAUCGUCAAAUGAAAGGGUAAUGGGACUUACGGGGCUUUACGAAGAAGCAGUGGCCGAGAAUCAGUCUGGCCUUGAAACAUGUCUGCAGAAAUAUGAUAACCUGCUCUCAGAAAACCCGGUCAACCUGCCCAUUCUAAAGCGCCGAGUCACCCUCUUAAAGUCACUGGGCAGACCUGCCCUUGCAAUUACUAGCUUGAUAGAUUUCUUGAAGGCUGUCCCUACGGAUGCGGAGGCGUGGUGUGAACUAGCCGAGUUAUAUCAGUCCCAAGGGUUGUCCUCACAAGCAGUAUUUAGCCUUGAGGAGGCUUUAUUGAUAGCACCUAAUGCCUGGAACAUUCAUGCUCGACUGGGCGAAUUGCUGUAUAUCGACGCAUGUUCAUCAGCCACAGAAGAUUCUACUCGGGGCUUAUACCGAUCGACGCAGUACUUUUGCAGAAGCAUUGAGCUUUGUCAAGAUUAUCUAAGAGGUCUUUACGGCUUGACUCUGGUUACUUCGACUUUGCUUGGGAGAGAUUCUGUGAAAGAUGAUUCAGAAGGGGCCCAGCCAAUCACGGUAGAAGACGGCCCGCCAUCAAAAGACACUGUCCGGAGAUUGAAUAUCUUUGCAAAACGAGGACUAGAGGCUGUUCUCAGUAAAAGACCAAUGGACCAUACUCUUUGGGAUUACGCCCAAGGCGAGCUCAUUGCGGCGAAAGAAUUGAUAAGUAGGAUGUUUAAUAUCACCAUUGGGCCAAGCCCACAUGGCUCGGAUCAUUCUUCUUUUUCUGACGAAGAGGAUUCGUCCGGUGUGCAAGUAUCCCCGCCGUCCGAUUCAGGAAGUCAUGACUACCAGGACCCAUAUGAUGAAUGGGCACACCUACCUUACCCCGACGAAUUGAAACCAUCCGAUUCCGCCUCUCGACCUAGGACGUCACAUCGAACCCGUAGUCGCAACCAGAUCCAUGGCUCGUCAUCGGGCCGUCGUCACUCCCGCCCGAGACGUCACAUCAUACAGGAACGAGAGCAAUAUCCCCGUCAACCUCGUCGCCACCCUUCCCCAGAGUCACCAGAAAGUGUGGAUUCGGCGGAUGAGUAUGGGGCCCCUUACGGUCGGACCUCUCACGACCGGCGAUUCUGGCCACCUUUGGCUCAAGGACCAGGCUAUCCUAACAACACUUCUCCCGGCCCUUCUUAUAUGUAUCCAAAUGGAGCUGCACCGCAUGCUCCCUUCGUACACCCAGGCGGUUUUCACCAACCAUCUGAUCAGCUUAUAAGAUUGGGUCAUCAUGGUCAGGCCAACCAACCAACCUCGUACGGAAACUCCAUGUAUCCAUAUCACCAUCACCAACUACAACAGUCCCACGGUCCUAGCAUACCACCUUUCUACCUGGAGCACCACCCUGGGCACCACCCACACCACCCGCCGUCUUCUCAUAACCGAGCAGACGGGCACAGUCCAGGCCAGCAUCCUGUGCCACACCCCCAUGCUUUUCAAUCGCACAGUCCAUCCCCUUACGGGGGCCCUCCAUUGAGCCCGCACGAACUCAUCCCCUACCAACAGGGAGGGUACUAUCAACUCAGGGAGCCCUACAACAUGGUUUCCGGGAUGAUGCCGCCUUACUUCAACCCGUAUCCCCGCGUACCAUCUCCGAGCCAGGUCGAAUCAAGUGGAUCCCCUCCACCGGCACCUGUCGAUGCAGCGAAGGAUGAGGCUAUUGCAAGACUCGAGAAGUUAAUAUUGGAGGAAAGAACGGAACGGGAGGCACGAGAGGCACGAGAAGCUGCCCGGCAAGCCGCAAUAGAACAAGAAGCCGCUGAGCAAGCCGCACGAGAAGAGCGAGCCGCGCAUGAGAAAAGGAUUGUCGAGGAAGCAGCCGCAAAAGCGAGAGCUGAGGCAGAGCAAAAGGCAGCCGAGGAAGCAGCGAAAGCGAAACUGGAAGCUGAGGAAGCGGCGGCGGCGGCGGUGGCAGAGGCGGCGGCGGCAGCCACUGAGGCAGCCAACCAAGCAGCAGCAGAAGCUGUUGCUGCAGCCACGGCAGCAGCUUCAAGCAAACCCGUCUCCGAGAAGAAAAAGCCUAUCAAAUUCAAGGAUGCUGUUGGCAGGAAGUUCAGUUUUCCGUUUGAGUUGUGUUGCACUUGGCAGGGCAUGGAAGAGCUUAUACGACAAGCAUUUCUUCACAUUGAAGUCAUUGGUCCUCAUGUUGCUGAAGGACACUAUGAUUUAAUUGGCCCCAAUGGUGAUAUUAUACUCCCACAGGUCUGGGAAACCGUUAUAGAGCCAGACUGGGCGAUAACCAUGCACAUGUGGCCAAUCCCCGAAAAACCGAAAACCCCUGAGCCUCCGCCGCCUCCAGAACCUCCUGCCUCAGAAGAACCGGCUGUCGUUGAUGUGCCAGUUGCGCCCGAAGAUGCGGAUGUUGCUGCUGUGGCAGAGGAGACCAAAAAGAAACCAGACCCAGCAGGCACAAAAAAGCCGCGAGCAAAGGCUCCUGACCCUGGCGCUUUUGCUAUGUGGAUGGUCGGUAGUAACCGUUUGAAAUUAAACAAGGCUUUAAAAGUGGGAAAAAAGCCUAGGGUGAUACAGCAACACGCGAAUAAUUGUCGCGUGAUGUGA